AAGAUGGCAAAAAUAAAGCAGAAUAUCGAAUAUAUGGAUUGACCGCAUUGGCAUCGUUUCCUGGAAGCGGCAACACUUGGCUUCGUUAUUUGUUGCAACAAGCGACAGGUAUUUUAACUGGUAGUGUUUACAAGGAUUAUGGACUACUGAAAACAGGAUUUCCAGCGGAAAAUAUUCGUAAUAACUCGGUAUUAUUGGUAAAAACACACGAAUUCGGCCCGAAAGCCUGGGAACCUUUUACUAAGGCAAUUUUACUAGUACGCGACCCAGAAAAGGCAAUUUUGGCAGAAUUUAAUAGACAAAGUGGCGGUCACAUUGGAUUUGCAUCUCCCGAUCGUUAUAAAAGAACUAAAGGAAAGUAUUGGCAGCAAUUCGUGCAUAAGAGCUUAAAACAGUGGGAGGCUACUUAUUUAAGUUGGGCUCAAGAUUUCUCAGGAAAUGUCAAAGUUGUUUUUUACGAAGAUUUGGUCGGGAACUUAGAAGCAGCGUUAAGAGGAGUUUUAAAGUUUUUAGAACUCCCUGUCAACGAGGUAAUAAUAAGUUUAUUUACUUAAACAAAUAUUAAACUCAUUUUAAGAAACGCAACUAAUGAAGAU